AUGGGGAAACCAAAAGUAGACUACUCGCUGUAUCUUGUCACUGACUCGACCCCGGCCAUUCUCGGCAACAGGCAGCUCGCCCAUGUCGUCGAGGAGGCAUUAAGGGGCGGGGUCACGGUCGUGCAGCUCCGCGAGAAGACGGCCGACACAGCAGACAUGAUAUCGACCGCAAGGGAGCUUCAUGGAAUUACCCAAAAGUACAAUGUGCCGCUGCUCAUCAAUGACCGCGUCGACGUGGCCCUGGCCGUGGGCUGCGAGGGCGUCCACAUCGGUCAGGACGACAUGGAGUUGUCGGCUGCGAGGAAGCUACUGGGUCCAGACGCCAUCAUAGGUGUCACAGUUAGCACCGUUGAACAGGCUCUCCGGGCGUGCAAGGGAGGCGCCGACUAUCUCGGCAUCGGAACCGUUUAUGCCACACCAACCAAGACGAACACCAAGGAUAUUAUUGGCACGGCUGGUGUGCGCGAGAUACUCGGGAAAAUUGCCGAGACCGGGUUCGACAUACCAACCGUGUGCAUAGGCGGCAUCAACGGGUCCAAUCUGCAGCGCAUCAUCUUCCAGAGUGGAGCGGCGAAGAAAGGCCUAGACGGUGUGGCGCUGGUCAGCGCUAUCAUGGCAGCCCCGGAUCCCGAAGGCGCCGCCAGAGAGCUCCUUGGGCUGGUCAAGAGUCCGCCAGCCUUUGGCGUCGAUAUGGGCCAGCCAGUUGUCGUGCAAGAACAGGUUGCUCAGGCGCCGUCCAUCAUCCGGGCAGUUCACGACGCCACGCCGCUUUCUCAUAACAUGACCAACAUCGUCGUACAAAACUUCGCGGCAAACGUGGCCCUGGCCAUUGGCGCGUCCCCCAUCAUGGCUGGAUAUGGAGAAGAGGCCCCUGAUCUGUGCAAGCUUGGGGGAGCCCUGGUCAUCAACAUGGGCUCGGUAGACCCUGCUGGGUUGGCGAAUUACUUGAAAGCACUCAGGGCUUACAACCAGGCCGGGCGGCCAGUCGUGUUCGAUCCCGUUGGUGCCGGUGCUACCUCCAUCAGACGCGACGCCGUGAAGACGAUCAUGGCCAAUGGCUAUCUCGACGUCAUCAAAGGCAACGAAGGCGAGAUCAGAACCGUAUUUGGUGAUAGCCAGGCGCAGCAGCGGGGCGUUGACAGCUCAAGCACGCUAGACGAGUCAGAAAAGGCUAGGUUGGUGCUGGCACUCGCAGCGCGGGAGAAGAAUGUGGUUGUUAUGACGGGCAAAACCGACUUUGUCAGUGACGGGCAGUUUGUUUUCGCCAUCGACAACGGCCAUGAGUAUCUCGGCUUGGUGACGGGAACAGGCUGCACAUUGGGCACGGCCAUCUCGGCUGCUAUCGCAUCGCGCAAGGCGGACAGGCUCACGGCGGUAAUUGCCGCUACCCUUCACUUCGAGAUUGCUGCAGAGCUCGCGGCAGAGCGGCCCGAGGUUAGGGGGCCGGGCACCUUCCUCCCGGCCUUUUUGGACGAGCUGUAUCGCAUUCGUCAGGCAACGGCAAGCAAUGAGCUGUCUUGGCUGCGGAGGGCUAAAGUUAGGACCGUCGACUUCCCCGAGGACUACCCCUGA